GCAUCGGCAAAUCUUGCUUCCUUGAACAAGGCACAAAUUAAUUGUCCUGCUUAAACUGUUAGAAAACUCUGAGCUAGCCGAGAUGAGAUUGGUAGUUUUCCUGAAGUUUGUAGCAGCUGCAUUUGUAAUGUCCAAUCAUCUUGCCUACUGCAAUGCAGAUAUAAAUUGUAUCCAAAGAGCUACACAUUUUUUCAGAGAAAUAACAAAUAAAACAGGUUGCAUAUCGAAAUCUUCAAUUAACUUUUACCUGAGAAACUGUUAUGGGGUUUGUUCAAAAACAAUAUCUGAAGAAAAGACAGAUGGGUAUGUUGAAAUACUUCUAAAAUAUGAUGCCGAAGAAAUCGUAAGAUUGAAAGAUAAGAAGAAUACUGAAUGUGGAUACAAUCUUACAAAUAUCGUUAUAGAAUGCACCAUUGAAAAUAAUACACAGAAGUCUCUUCAAAGCUGUAUUACAAGCCAUUGUAUUUAUGGAAAUAAUAUCGAUAACCGAAAUGGAACAGUUCAAUGGUCUGCAUGUGAUGUCAAUACUAGCCCUCUAAUUAUAUGUGUUGCAAUCUUCGGUGGACUUAUUGUCGGUUCUAUCGUAACAAUGUGUUUGAAAGAUAAAAAUAAUUGUAGAAGAUGGAGUCUGAUAUUUCAAUCACUGACAGAAGACGAGAGAAAAAAUUGUAACAACAGUGGAGUCCCUGAAGCUUUAGUCAAGGACCUUUCCGGUGAGCACAUUCGAACAUCUCAGCAGGAAUUGGAGACAGUUUCUGUGUAUGAAGAUGUCCAUGAUGAAGAUGUUUAUAACCAUUUACGAGAAAAUAAUGAGUCCAAACCAGAAAGAGAACAAAGACAUUAUUCAACUAUGCGGGUUUUAUCAUGUCAUGGAGAAAAACCAGAAAAUGCCUUAUCUGAUGAAAAUGCUAAAGGUGUUGAUGAAUUUAAAGACAAUACACAUCAAAAGGAACAAACUUUGCAGGUUAACCCUGGAGGAUUGAGCUGUAACGAAAUAUCCCCCGAGUGCUCGAGUACAUAUUUUACUCUUGAAAAAAAAUCUUACAAAAUAACGUAG